CGAAGGAGAAGAAAAAUGGUGCUGGUCGUCUUGGCAAGGAGCUUUGGUACACCGUACCGGCCAAAGCCGCGGCCUUUCGUCCAAGCAGCCAGCCGCGGCGGGGCGACCCACGGCCCAGCGCAAAGAAGAGGCGUGUGUCCCGGCCAGGGCCACCGGGAGCCGGGAGCCGGACAGAUCCCCCUAUUAAUAAGGCGCCGUGCGCGUGCUAGCCACCUCACCUCCACUCUCGAUCCCAAAGUCCAACCGGCCUUCCCGUCGCCCCGCGCCGCCGCAGCAUCCCCACUCCCCGUCAGUCUCGUCGAGAGGGCUCAGAGCAGGAUCAGCAAGAUGUCGACCGUCGCCGCUCCAAGAGUGUCUGUUGCUAAAUCCGGUGCUAGCUUUCAAACCAUUGCUCCGGCGAUCAGGACCCCUUCCUUCGUCGGCUACGCGAAGCAGACAUCGAACCUGUCAGGCUUGAGGAUCUCGAACAAGUUCAGGGCAUCUGCCACGCACAAGGUGAAGCUCAUAAUGCCGGACGGAGAGGAGCACGAGUUCGAGGCCCCCGACGACACCUACAUUCUCGAGGCGGCUGAGAACGCCGGGGUGGAGCUGCCCUUCUCCUGCCGCGCCGGGUCCUGCUCCACGUGCGCGGGCAAGAUGGAUAAAGGGGAGGUCGACCAGUCGGAGGGCUCCUUCCUCGACGAGAACCAGAUGGGCGAGGGGUACCUUCUGACCUGCAUCUCGUACCCCAAGGCGGAUUGCGUCAUUCACACCCACCAGGAGGAAGAACUCUACUGAUUAGUUGGCUCCUGUAUGCUUCUGGGGCGCAAUCAUCCUGGUGGAUUCGUUCUUGUUCGGUUACCUCCUGGUAUCUAGAGGUGGCUAGGUGGUAAGGUGGGGGCAUAUCUUCCUGGCAGUUAGCUUGGUAUUUCCAUGAGACCGCCAUAUAUGGGUUGUGACAAUAAUUGAUGUAAAAUGGUUUAUGAAUCCAAACUGCAUUUGUUCA